AUGAGUGCUAAUAAAGUAGAAGCUGGUUUUGUGCAAGCUCAAUCAGAUAACCUUCCAAAAGUGGAUUCUUUCAUGGUAUUUGAUUAUCUAAGUAAUCAUUCUAAGUUCACCAGCGCUGAAGUCCGUGGUUGGAAACUACAAAGAUCGGCACGUGAAACCUAUGGAGAUGAUGCUGUAGGAUUUGUUCAAGUCCAGAGGUCGGGACGUGUUUGUACGGUAAAAGCAAAAAUAACGCCUGAACAUAGAAUAAAAAGUAAAGCGUAUAGCUGUACAUUUACAUGUGAUGAAAAAGAGGAAACGGUUUUGAACGUGGACUGUCAUGACUGUGCUGCUCAAAAGGGAGGUUGCAAACAUAGCGUACCGUUUUUGAUGUGGCUUCAUAGACGCAGCGAGGAGCCAUCUCCUACUGAAAAAAAAAUGUUACUGGGCCAAACCAAAGCUGGCUACCAUAGGUACUAA